AACCACCAUGGCAUCCUCCACUACAACGAACGCAUCGUCGGAGGAAAUGGCGCCGAGCAAAUUCAAGGAACUAUCGGCCGAAUGGAAAUACCAAGCGACACAGACGCUGGCAUACGCCAAACAGCUGGGCGUCGAUGCCAAGAAAUUUCCUGGAAAAGUGGGUACCGAACUAAAGGAUACAUGGACCAAGUUGGGCAAGGAUACCGAGUUGCUGCGAGAAAAGAUUGAGAAGAACUACAAACAGGUCAAGGCCAACCAAGCAGACGGAGAUGCUGCGUUGCAACAGGAAUACGACGAGGCCGAUCAAUUCUACCACGAACUGGUCGGGAAGGAUGGAGUGGUACCACAAAUUGAUCAAGCCAUUCAAGAAUCGGGAGAAACAAUCAACACCGACAACAACAACAAUAAACAGGAAUAA